AUGAUCCAACAAAAAGAAAACCCACUGGACGGUGGUCAGCAACAGUACGAGCAGAUCGACAGCAGCGUGUUUUCGUCGAUUAAUCGCAAACUGUUGAUUUGUAAGUUGUUUUACUUCUUCUUCUAUGGAGCAUUCGGUUCGCUGUUCCCGUUGAUCUCGAUCUACUUCAAGCAACUGGCGAUGAAUCCGCUUCAAGUAGGCAUCCUCAUCGGCAUCCGUCCAUUUGUCGAGUUUGCAAGUGCCCCUUUGUGGGGCAGUUUUGCCGACCGCAUCAAAAGAGGCAAGAUGGUGCUGCUGUUUUCACUUGUUUGCUGGAUCGUCUUCACGCUGGCCUUGAAUUUCGUCCAACCGGCCUCUCCGUUUUGUCUAGUGGGUAACAAAAGUCACGAGGUUUUGAUACCGUCCAACACUGGACGCCGGAAUGGCCUGCUGAACGCAGAUGAGGCAGCAACGAUGAACGUCGAAACAAUGCUGGCCGUUGCUGAUAUCGACGACUUUUACACCCGGGAGCGGUUACGCCACGCACAGCCGUUCGGAGUAGCUCCAAGCAUCCUCGACAAGGAUUACGUCCUCAACUAUGAUCCGGCUAAACAAGGAAACCUCGUCUCACCGCCUCACAGCAAGAAGGUGUAUAGAAAAUCAGCCGUAGAGGAAGUGUUCAUGCUGCUGCUGGUCCUCAUCAUCAUAGGCGAGUUUUUCAGCGCUCCCGCGAUUACCCUUGUUGACUCCUGUACGCUGAAUUAUUUAGGAGAUCGUCCAAACUACUACGGUCGACAAAGAAUGUUCGGCAGUAUUGGGUGGGCAUUGGCGAUGUUCGUAAUUGGCAUUAUGCUCGACUAUAGCUUAGUGUUUCCAAGUCAUCCCUGUGGGCUGAACGUAAGGGAGAAGAACUACACGCUGUGCUUCGCGUCGUUUUCCAUUCUGAUGAGUUGUGCGUUGAUCACAGCCACCCAGUUCCAGUUUCCCGAACAUGAGGAAAACCCUCGUCAGGCCUACAGUCGCAUCCUCGAUAGCCAAAACAGCAAAGUCGACCCCGCCGUAGCAGAAAAAGCUCGUGCGAAAGCCCCGGAAUUCCGGAAGGUACAGCGCGGACCAAAAUGGCUCACGGUCAUGAAGACCUUCGCGUCUCCGCAUUACAUGGCGUUUCUGUUCGUCACCUGGUGGAUGGGUUUUGGCAUUGGCAUCGUCUUCUGUUUUCUUUUCUGGCACCUGCAAGACCUGGGAGGCUCGCCGUCACUGUACGGCAUGGCGUCGGUUAUUAAUCACCUGUCAGAAGUAUGCGCAUAUUUCUUCAGUUUCCGCUUGAUCAACAAAGUUGGACAUGUAAGAGUUUUGUACAUUGGACUGUUGGCUAAUCUGGCACGAUUCCUUUAUGUCAGUUGGUUGGAAGAUCCUUGGUGGGUAUUGCCAUUCGAAUUUGUUCAAGGUUUGACUCAUGCUGCCGUCUGGGCUGCAGCAACAUCGUAUAUAUCGCUCGCUGCUCCUCCGGAAUAUAAAUCAUCUGCCCAAGGGCUUUUGCAAGGAAUUCAUCACGGCUUUGGCCGAGGCUGUGGCGCUCUUCUGGGCGGAGUUGUAAUAUCAUACACAGGCACCGCCGUGAUGUUCCGAGCCUAUGGCUUUGCCUGCUUGGUGAUUCUUUUCAUAUUCAUUAUCAUAAAUCGGUACGUCAAAACGGAUGGAAUAAAGUACCAACAAGGCAUUUUCCCUGACGAAGAUCAAGCGACGCUAGCUCCACAUGGCAUUCCGAUGAAUGUCCCGUACUCACCGACCGAAGAGAAACUGGCAGAUUCUUUCAGUGGAACAGGAAACUACGGUGCUACUGAUCCAAUGCAAGAAGCCUAUGAUCGUUACGUGCACGAACCAUAUGACAAACCAGUCAGAUUUGAACAACUUCCCGAUAAACUAAGUACUAACUAUCAUAAGUUCUAG